UUAGUUGGACGUGCACGCACUGGUCAGGGCAAAACACUGGCCUUUGUGUUGCCAAUUUUAGAGUCUCUAGUUAAUGGGUCGACAAAGGGAUUGAGAAAGACCGGGUAUGGCAGGGCACCAAGCGUUUUGGUACUUUUACCGACUAGAGAAUUGGCUAAACAGGUGCAUGAAGACUUUGAUGUUUAUGGUGGGGCAAUGGGGUUAUCCUCAUGUUGUUUAUAUGGAGGUGCUCCCUAUCAUUCUCAGGAGUUUAAAUUAAAGAAAGGAGUUGAUAUAGUCAUCGGAACCCCAGGCCGUGUCAAGGAUCACAUAGAGAGGGGAAAUAUUGAUUUUACUUCUUUGAAGUUUCGGGUUCUUGAUGAGGCUGAUGAAAUGCUAAGGAUGGGUUUUGUUGAUGAUGUCGAACUUAUUCUUGGCAAAGUUGAGGAUGCUAAUAAAGUUCAGACACUUCUCUUUAGUGCUACCUUGCCAGACUGGGUGAAACAUAUCGCUUCUAAGUUUCUCAAGCCAAAUAAGAAAACUAUUGAUCUUGUUGGCAAUGAGAAAAUGAAGGCUAGUACAAAUGUAAGACAUUUUGUUCUUCCCUGUUCCAGUACAGCAAGAGCUCAAGUUAUUCCGGAUGUUAUUCGUUGUUAUAGCAGUGGAGGCCGCACAAUUAUUUUCACCGAGACAAAGGAAUCUGCUUCUCAACUUGCUGACGUGUUACCGGGAGCACGAGCUUUACAUGGGGACAUACAGCAGUCUCAGCGUGAGGUCACACUUUCUGGUUUCAGGUCAGGCAAGUUUAUGACGUUGGUGGCUACAAAUGUGGCAGCACGAGGAUUAGACAUCAAUGAUGUGCAGUUAAUUAUCCAGUGUGAGCCUCCUCGUGAUGUAGAAGCCUACAUUCAUCGAUCUGGACGUACAGGAAGAGCAGGCAAUUCUGGAGUCGCUGUUAUGCUUUAUGAUCCUAGAAGGUCAAAUGUAUCUAAGAUAGAAAGAGAAUCUGGUGUAAAAUUUGAGCACAUAUCUGCACCUCAGCCAGCUGAUAUAGCUAAAGCUGUUGGUGUGGAAGCUGCUGAGACAAUAACCCAAGUUUCUGACAGUGUAAUUCCUGUGUUCAAGUCUGCUGCCCAGGAGCUACUGGACGCUUCCGGUCUAUCAGCAGUGGAAUUGCUUUCAAAAGCACUUGCCAAGACUGCUGGUUAUACCGAGAUAAAGACCAGAUCACUACUUGGUUCUUUGGACAACCAUGUUUCGGUGCUUCUUGAAGCUGGGAAGCCCAUCUACACACCAUCCUUCGCUUACGGUGUAUUGAGGAGAUUCGUGCCUGAGGAGAAAGUAGAGUCAGUGCAGGGUAUGACUCUCACAGCUGAUGGAAAGGGUGCUGUGUUUGAUGUGGCAGUGGAAGAUUUGGACUUGUUUCUUUCUGGUCAGGAAAAUGCGGCUAAUGUGAGCAUAGAGGUUUUGAAAGAAUUACCACGCUUACAAGAAAGAGAACAGCCGAGGGGAAGAUUUGGUGGUGGUGGUCGUGGUGGCUUUGGUGGUGGUAGUAGAUUUUCUGGUGGCAGAGGUGGUGGGUUUUCUGAUAGAAGAAAUAACAGAUUUUCUGGUGGGGGUAGAGGUGGUAAUAACGGUAGGAGAUGGUAAGUGUUGGAAGUUACCACCAAUCUGAAAAUCCCGUAAGUGGAACAAUUUAUAAUUUAAAGCCAGAGUUAAUUCUGAUGAUGAUGAAAUUAUUCAAUAUCUUAGGAAUUUCAACCAUUGAUUGGCUAGUUAUAGUAUUAUAUUCCUAUGUGUUUUUAUGUUUUUUAUUUUUAA